AUGGACCCGUUUAACAACAGCACGCCAACCUCCGAGACUGCUUCGCCCAUGCCCACGUCACCACCGAUGAAGUCUCGACCGCAUUCGCUUGCAAUCUCCCGCUCCGAUUCCAUUCGAGCUCCUACCCACGACCGCGGCAACCGCAAUUCUGUUCACGUCCACUUCGCCUCGCCCGGCCACAUCGAGAAGUCAGAGCUACAAGGCCUGCAAAGAUCAGCCACGAAACACUUGCGCACGCUUAGCAAGUUUGCCCAAACUACCGACGAUGACGACUUUUCGAUCAAGUCGCCUGAGCAAGAGGUGGUUGGUCUGCAUGGCCGCAGGAGGUUACAACGCACCAUGACAACAAAGGAGAAAAAGGGCACAGAAAGCACCAGCAAGUUUACAAGCAGUUGGGAGGCUAGCAAAUGGAUGGACCGCCAGCGUCAGUUCUUGCAGGCCUACGAAUAUCUGUGUCACAUUGGUGAAGCCAAAGAGUGGAUCGAAGACAUCAUCCACAAACAGAUUCCCGAGAUUGUCCAGCUCGAGGAGGGCCUCAGAGACGGUGUUACGCUGGCUGAAGUUGUGCAAGCCAUCCACCCUGACCGACCCAUCCGCAUCUUCAAGCAUGAACGUCUGCAGUUCCGCCAUUCCGACAACAUUGCUCUGUUCUUCCGCUUUCUCGCCGAGAUGGAACUGCCCGAACUCUUCCGUUUCGAACUGGUCGACCUGUACGAGAAGAAGAACAUUCCCAAGGUCAUCUACUGUAUCCAUGCUCUGUCGUGGCUUCUUUUCCGCAAAGGAGUAGUAGACUUCCGUAUUGGCAACCUGGUGGGUCAAUUACAGUUUGAGGACCAUGAACUCGAGGCCAUGCAGAAGGGUCUUGAUAAGGCAGGCAUUAGUAUGCCCAAUUUCUCGGGCAUGGGAGCCAAUUUCGGCGAACCAGAGCCAGAGCCAGAACCCGAGCCCGUCGAGACAGAGGAAGAAAGAAUUCAAAGAGAACUUUCUAAACACGAAGCGUUGAUCGAGGACUUGCAAUCUCAAGUUCGCGGAGCCAUGGUCAGAUUGAAACUCGGUGACACCAUGAAUCAGCUAUGGGACGCCGAAGAAGCCAUCGUCGACCUCCAAUCACGAAUCCGUGGAGACUUUGCUCGUCAGAUCUCAGAUUAUCGCAUGGACAUGAAACGGUUUGCUGUUCAGCUGCAGAGUGCUGCUAGAGGCUUUCUCAUUCGCAAGCAUCGCAGCAACCGGGAGCAGACCUGGAAAAGCCAAGAGAAGCAAGUCGUCACCCUCCAAUCAUUGUUCCGAGCUCGCAAAGCAAGAGCUGAAGUCAAGCAAAUGCGUACACACAUGCAGAAGCAGAAUAUGGGCAUCCGCAAUCUUCAAGCUGCUAUUCGUGGUGCUCUGAGCAGAUGGAAUGUUAGUGACCAAUACGAAGCCACGCGCGAAGCCGAAGAACCAGUUCGCUGGCUUCAAGCAGCAAUCAGAGGAGCGAUCAAGAGAAAGCAGGUUGAGCGUCAGAUUGAAGAAGGUCAUGCUUCCGAGGAGCAAGUUAUCUCCCUGCAAGCUGCCAUUCGAGGUGCUCUCCAGAGAACUCAGGUCCAGCGUCAACUCGAGGACACUCGAGCGUCUGAGCAGGAUGUUGUCGCUAUGCAAGCCGCGAUCAGGGGUAUGCUCGAGAGGAAGGGGCAUGCCGCAAAUGCCGAUUUGCUUAGAAAGCAUUCGAGGUCUGUCGCAACACUCCAACACGCUAUGACUGGCUUCAUACAGCGUCGGAAACUUGAACACACUCGCGUAUCUCUGGAUACCGAGACUCCUGCCUGGCUUGAACUGCAGUCCGCAGCACGUGGACAGAAAGCGAGACGUAUAUUCAGAAAGCUCAAGUCCGAUUUGCAAAAGCAAUCGCCUUCGAUCGUCGCAUUACAGUCCGCCUUCAGAGCCGGCUGUAGCCGUCAGGAUGUAAACGCUAUCAGAGAUGCUCUCAGUUACCGCGAAAACUCGAUUCUCACUUUCCAGAGCUCUGCUCGUGGUCAUAUGUUCCGCAAGAGGCACCAUGCCGACAUCAACGCUCUCUACACACAAAAGUCAGCGAUCCAAGACCUGCAGUCUCUAUCGAGAGCCUAUCUCGAGCGUCAGAGAGUCUUCGAUGUUUUGUGUCAGCUUAACGAGCAAGAGGGCCAGAUUGUCGAAUUGCAGAGUCUCGCUCGCGCUCUGCUCGACCGCCGCGACAUCGGUACUCUUCUUGGCCAACUUGAAGAGGAAGAGGACGCUGUUGUGGAACUUCAGUCUGCCAUCCGUGGAACACUCGUGAGGCGAGAAUUUGCCGAGAAGCAACGCUUCUACAAGGAAAACAUGGAGAAGGUCAUCAAGGUCCAGAGCAUUAUUCGUGCCCGUCAACAAGGUCAAGCCUACAAAAGCUUGACCAGCGGAAAGAACCCACCUGUCGGUACAGUGAAGAACUUUGUCCAUCUCCUUAAUGACAGCGACUUCGAUUUCGAUGAGGAGCUUGAGUUUGAGAGACUGCGCAAGACUGUUGUUCAGCGAGUACGACAGAAUGAGAUGGCUGAGCAAUAUAUCGAUCAGCUUGACAUCAAGAUCGCCUUGCUUGUCAAAAACAAAAUCACUCUGGACGAAGUUGUCAAACAUCAGCGACACUUUGGUGGCCACAUUGGUAGUCUCCUGAACAACACUGAAAUCUCGUCUAAGGAUCCCUUCGACCUCAAAGCGUUGAACAAAAACUCGAGGAGGAAGCUUGAGCACUAUCAGGAGCUGUUUUUCCUCUUGCAAACUCAACCACAAUAUCUUGCACGUCUCUUCCACAAGUUGAAAGAGCAAGGCAUGCCAGAGCAAGAGAGUAAAAGGAUUGAGCUUCUCAUGAUGGGCCUUUUCGGAUUUGCGCAGAAACGCAGAGAAGAGUACUACCUCUUGAAGCUAGUAACACGCUCCAUCCAAGAAGAAGCAGAGCACAGUGCUUCUCUCCAAGAUUACCUCCGGGGUACUUUCUUGUGGAGCAGAUUGCUCACUGCUUAUGUGAGAAGUCCCCGCGAUCGCAAGUACAUGCGUGAUUUGUUCGGACCACUCGUCAGAGAAAGCAUCUUCGAGAACGCAGAUUUGGACUUGGAAAGUGACCCGAUGCAGAUCUACCGUGCUUCGAUAAACAACGAAGAGCUCUCUACAGGACAACGCAGUCGCAGAAACCCAGAUAUUUCACGCGAGGAGGCUAUUCGCGACCCCGAGACCAGAGAUCUAUUUGUUUCGCAUUUGCAAGAUCUUCGCGAUAUCUGCGACCACUUCUUCAUCCUUCUUGAGGAGACUCUGCCCCGUAUGCCAUACGGUUUGAGAUUCAUUGCCCAGCAAACUUUCAACACGCUCGUGACCAUCUUCCCUGGAGAGAACCAGCAGCAUCUCCUCCAAGUGGUCGGCCACUGGCUCUGGAAGGCCUACCUGGCUCCUGCGUUGACUCAACCAGAGAUGUGGGGCAUCAUCGACCGAGGUCUGAGCCCCAUACACAAGCGGAACCUGGGUGAAGUUAGCAAGGUCCUCAGUCAGGUAUACGCUGGCAGGCUGUUUGGCGGAGACCACAUCUACCUGCAGCCUCUGAACACAUGGGUUGGCGAGGCCAUUGGGAGAAUGGAGGAACUCCUUGUAUCGCUCAUCGAUAUCCCCGAACCCGAGCAGCAAUUUGACAUUGAUGAAUUCAACGAUCUCUUCGCCCGUGUCAAGCCCACACUGUACAUCAAGAUGGCAGAUAUCUUCGCCAUUCACCAUCUUGUAACGAACGAGAUGUCACACCUAUCCGACCCAGAUGAUGUCCUACGCGAGAUCAUUCGCGAGCUCGGUAGUGCUCAAAGCAACGAGAACGAGAUGAUGGGUGUGGGCUCAAACGAGAUCAGUCUGCAGCUGACUCCCAAGUUCCACGACAAGCAAGAUCCGGAAGCCGAUCUCAAGCAGCUCUUCAUGGAAACCAAACGCCUCGUCUUGUUCAUUAUCAGGGUACAAGCUGGAGCUAACCUGCUUGAGAUCCUUGUCCGUCCUAUCACACCUGAGGAUGAUGACAAGUGGUUUGCACUGCUGGAUGAAGAGGCUAUGGAUCUGAAGCACAAUCCAAGAGCACCUUCAGCAUACUCUGGUAUGGUGGAAGACGAACCAGCAUCAACUCUCCUGGACAUUACUUCAAUGUCGUACGCCGAAGUCAAGAGUGCAGCUCUCGAGAACAUUCUGGUGCUCGAGCAAGAAGGAAAGGUCAACAGGCACAACCAGUACCAAGAUCUGCUCAACGCCAUCGCUAUCGACAUCAGAACAAAACAUCGUCGUCGUGUGCAGAGAACUCGCGAAUUGGACGGUGUCCGUGCUACGCUUACUCAGCUCGACUCGAAGGCAUCAUACCUGGACGAGCAACUGCAGAGUUACAACGACUAUAUCGAGCAAGCCAUGGUCACGCUGCAGAACAAGAAGGGUAAGAAGCGAUUCUUGCUGCCUUUUACAAAGCAAUACAAUCACGAGCGUGAACUGGCUCGAUCCGGUCGCACACCGAAGUUCGGCUCCUACAAGUACUCAGCACGUUCUCUCGCCGAGAAGGGUGUGCUCGUUAGUUGGGAUGGAUAUGAUGCAACUCAAUGGAAUCGUAUCAACGUCACGAUCUCUUCAGACGAGGUUGGCGUGUUCCACAUUGAGGGGAGCAUGGGCAGUCUUAUGAUGCCAGGCGCCAGCGCUUCCGUACCACUCGACGACCUCCUCCAGGCACAAUUCGACAACCAUCAAUUCAUGAACCUGUUCCGCGGAACAGGUGGUGAAGGUGGGUUGAAGUUGAACGUCAAUCUCUUCUUGCAUUUGGUCUUCAAGAAGUUUUACCGUGAAGAGUAG